AUGGCCUUUUUCUUUAAAAUUGGUCGUGGAAAAAAAAAAGAAUUACAAUUCUGGUACGGAUUAAUCUCACUAGAACAUUUUUUUUUUUUGCCUUUAAUUACAUAUCUUGCCACAACCAACCACGUCAGCCAAAUUGCAAUCACUAUGUUUAGGAUCAUGAAUUGGAUAGUGUUAUUGCUAUUUUCACUACUAACUAGUGCAAACGUUGUUAGUCAGGAUACAUAUUACAACCAAGCAAUUAAAACUUUGAACCAACUUUCUCAGAAUUUCACAAGAUCUAAGAUUUAUAGUCUUGACAAUAUUGAAGGAAACCUAUAUAUCCCCCAAUUCAAUCCUUUAGUUAAUGACUAUGAUAGAAAAAAUAUACCAAGACAUGAGCCACCACACUUAUUAACUUCAAAAAUCGUUCCACUUUUGGAAAAGUCUGCUUUUGACAACAAUAACAAUAAGGCAUAUUCUAUGUUGGGAGAUUUGUAUCUUUUUGGAAAUUUUUCAUUCCCAACUGAUUACAACAAAGCAAAAGACUAUUAUCACAAGUCAGUGAGUAUUGGCCCAAAUGGACAUGCAUACUUUAUGUUAGGUUACAUCUAUUCAACAGGUUUAUUUGGCACGUUUCCCAUUGAUCAAGAACGAGGGAACUUGUACUACCAUUUUGGUAUGAAGAAUGGAGAUUUGAACGCAAUGCUAGUUUUGGCAUAUAAGACCUUCAAAGGCAUUGGUGUAUCCCAAGAUUGUGAGUCAGCUUUAAGUUAUUAUACAACAUUGGCGGAGCAUGGUAGGAACUGGAUGUCUACCAAAGAUGUGUCUACCCAGGUAGACUAUAAUAUCAGAAUAUCAGACUUCAAUGGUGGGUUAUACGGUGAAAAGAUGAGUGAAAUGUCAUCAACUAUUGAGAUUCAAUCUAAACUUUUUAAUGAUCUUAGAAAUUCCCUUGAAGAGUACCGGUUAAAUGCCAACGAGCAUGAAUAUACUACACUCUAUUACAAUGGAAUGGAAAGCUAUAAAGGUGACUAUUUUGUGGAAAAGAAUUUAACAAAGGCAUUUGGGCUGUUUCAAGAAUGUGUAGCAUUGGGAGAUGAGAUCUAUGGUUCGACAAACUAUGAAUUUGUGCAACUGAUAGACAAGAUUUUUCUCAGUGCUUGUCAAUCGAAACUAGGAAGAAUGUAUUUGAGAGGGUUAGGUGUGAAGAAAAAUAUAAAGAAAGCUAGUUACUACUUGAAGCUUGCAGUCAAAUUACUGCCAACACCAGAUGCGCUUAAUGACUUGGGCUUUAUUGAAGAAAAGGGUUUGUUAGGAGAAGCCAACUACACAAAGGCAAUUGAGUACUACAAAGCAGCUGUCAAGAAAAGAUCAGGAUCCGCAAAUAAGAACCUUGCGAGGUUGUUGAUGCAGAUAAAUGAACACGAUCUACAGAAGAACAACGUUAUUAUAGAUAUUUAUAACCAUAUGAAAGAAGCUGUAUAUUACCAUGAUACGGAAGCACUUUUUUACAUGGGUCAGUUUAUACAAUCUGGUGUUGCAAAAAAUAUUGAACCAGCAGGGGAACCAUCAUGUUCAACCACUAUUUCAUACUAUGAUGUUUUUGUUGAAAGAUUAUCACAAUUCUACGCUCCACAUUUAAAGUAUGCGUUUGAAGAAUUAGUAGCCGGUAACUUUAAGAAUGCACUUGUUGGAUAUCUGAUAGCAGCAGAACAGGGCUUCGAAGCCGCUCAAAUAUCUGCUGCGUACCUACUUUUCCAAUUACAACCACUACAAUCAAAAUUGAAAGCAAAGACAUUUGCUCCUGAAAGAAUUGAAAUGGCAAUUGAGUAUCUUGAUAGAGCUUCCAAACAAGGUAAUAUUGAUGCUACCAUUUUGUUAGGUGACAUUUAUUCGGACCAACAAAGACAAACCAGUCCUGACUUUGAUCGUGCAUUUAACUAUUAUCAAAUUGCUUCCGAUAAACAUUCUUCUCAUGGAUCUUACAAACUUGCUGAGAUGUACGAAUAUGGUUAUGGACCUGUUAAUGAUUCAGUGGACUAUUUUAUGGCUAAACGUUAUUAUGAUUCUAGUUUACAAUACAAGGAAAAAUUUGAUUUCGAAAGAAGAGAACAACAAUCUAAACUCACAUAUAGUAGAGCACACAUUGAUUGGGCGUUAUUAAGGUUAAGAUUCAAGUACUUGUUUAACCGAAAGGCUUUCAAAGAUACCGAAACUUCUGAUGGUGGAUGGAUUAGUGCCUUUAACAAAGUUGGAACUCGUGCUACCAACGAGCGUCAACAAAAAGAAGCUAUAUCAAAGGCCGAUGCUCAUCAUGAAGGCAGCGCCUAUACCGAUGAAUAUGUUGAAGAUUAUGAUGUGGGUGAUUAUUUGGUAAUUGCACUUACAUUUUCAUUUUUUAUGGUAUUUUUUGUUCAGAACAUUCUUCGACAAAUCAGAAGAAUGAGAGCAGGUCCUGAUAACAACGAGAACAAUAAUCGCCAAAACGAAAACGAACAAAAUAAUAACUUUCAAAAUGGCUGGAAUGGAAAUCAAUUCAAUUUUAGACGUGGUAAUUUUGAAUUUCAUUUCUUUGCAAUCUAG